AUGAACGGGAUAUUUUCUAAGGAUACCAUUAAGAUCACCGCGGAAACAGUUGGAGUUACAAACUUAAAAGACACAGUAGCCUCCGCGUUAGCGCACGAUGUAGAAUAUAGAGUCCACGAGAUAAUACAGGAAGCGAACAAAUUCAUGCGUCAUUCAAAACGAACCAGACUUACGGGGGAAGAUAUCAAUAAUGCUUUACGUGUUCGUAACGUAGAUGUAAAUGAUGAAUGGGAAUUCGAAAAUGUUAUUAGUUCAGCAAUGCCCAGAGUUCCUACUGAUAUUUCUUUUAGCGCUCAUUGGCUUGCGGUAGAUGGUGUACAACCAUCAAUACCUCAUAAUCCAGUUCCACUUCCACCAUCUGAAGAAGCAUCCAAAACAGAAGUGCGCAAAAAGAACAUACCUCAAAGUGAUGAUUUGCAGAUUAAAGCUGGAUUACCUGUUACAAAUAAUGUAGAGGUUAAACCCUUAAUUCAACAUGUUUUAUCCAUGGAACAUCAAAUGUUUUAUGAAAGAGUUACAAAGGCUAUGAGAAGUGAAGAAAUCAAGGAUUCGAAAACCAAAAUUGCGGUUCUUCAUAGUCUAGAACAUGACACAGGAUUGGCUCAACUUCUUCCGUAUUUCAUAUCGUUUAUUUGUGAACAAAUUGGAAUACAUGUAAAGAAAAAUUUCAAUGUUUUAGAGCCAAUGUUAAAAAUGGCAGAGGCUUUAAUUAAUAAUAAAAGCCUUUUUUUGGAACCUCACCUGCAUAAUUUGAUGCCAGCAAUAUUAACUUGUGUGGUUAGAAGGAAAUUGGGAUUAUCAAUGGGUGAUAAACAUUGGUCCUUACGUGAAUUGGCUGCACGUAUCCUUGCCAAAAUAUGUGAUCGUUAUGGUGCAAGUUAUAAUACUCUUCAGCCUCGAAUCACGAGAAAUUUAAUGAGUUGUUUUAUGGACACUAGUAAAUCAUUAUUCACUCAUUAUGGAUGUAUAGUUGCCAUGGGUGCAUUAGGUCGUGAAGUAAUUAGAUCUAUUUUAGUUCCAAAUUUGAAAACAUAUGGUGAUUUACUUUCAUCUUGUGCAAAUGAUCCUGAUCAAAUAAAACGUGAUGCUGCUACUAAAUGUUAUAAUACUAUUGUGGACAUACUGGCAAAAUUAAAAGAGACUGUAGAUCCCUUAAUUGAUAUUGAACUGCAAGAAACUCCGAAUUUACAUGAAAGACUAGAAAAUAAAAUAGGCAAAUUUUUCGCGGAUGGUGUACUAAGACAAAUCGGCGAUGAUCAUAUUAUUAUGGCGAUAAUUAAUUCAUAA